CGGAAGUCAGCCACUUCCGGAUCUCGUAUCGCUCUCUACUACCUGGACUCUUCUCCAGCCUUUAUGUGGUGUGGGCUCCGGGACGGACCAAGGGCUGACCCCGCUGGAGAGAGAGCUCCAACCUCUGAGAAGUCUGCCAAGGUGAACACGAUGGCUCCUGUGCUCCUGACCUCCAGGGAUCACCAAGAGUUGGUGACCUUCAAGGACGUGGCUGUGGAAUUCACCCUGGAGGAGUGGGGACACCUGCACUCUUUUCAGAAAGCACUGUACAGGGACGUGAUGCUGGAGAACUACAAGAACCUGGUCUGCCUAGGGCUGGCAGUUUCCAAACCACAUGUGAUUUGCCAGUUGGAGCAAGGGAAAGUCCCUUGGAUGCCAGAGGGUGAUAUCCCAAGAACCCCCUAUCCAGCGUGGUGUACGGGAAGAAGACGAGAGAAACUGGUGGACUUGAGCCCAGUUAAGAGGCCAUCUCCAGGUAGUCCUGCUGAGAAGUGAUGAGACCCUCAACUAGGGUAGUCGCCAUAUGAGUGGAGAGACAUAUUGUGGAGAUUGGGAUACUGGACCUGAAACCGUGGAGACAGCUCCAAAGGUGGACAUCUCUAUGGAAAAAUCAUUCCAAGAAAAAUUUGAAAGGAGUAGUCUCUUUCUCUCCAAGUUUGAAGAAGCCUGGGAAUGUAAUGCCAACUUAGAAAAGGAGCAGGGAGGUGAGGAGAAACAGUCAAGGCAAAUUAAAAACACCCCAACGAAAGCUCCCCAAAAAGGGACAGGACAUGUAUAUGAUAAAUAUAAUAGAGGCUUCUAUCUAGGACCAAUACUUUUCCCGCAACAUAGAGUGUCUGUUGAAAAGGACUUCCAUCAGUGUGAUGUUCACAAAAAGAACUGUAGAUUCUAUUCAAACUUGAAUAAAUGUAAUUGCAUCUGCUCAAAGAAGAUGUUUUCUAAGUUUAAUGAAUGUGAGAAAUUCUUUAGUUAUAAUUCAGACCUUAGUGACAACCAU